UUACGCGGAGGGCGAAGGAGAGAAGGAGGAGAAGGAGGAGGAGUAGAGGAGGAGAAGCGGGGGGAAGCAGGAGAGAUGCGCCGGUCAACCCCCCCCCCGGCUGCAGCAGGGCGGCGGUGAGGGAGCGCUGAGGAGAGGGAGACAAGAUGGCUUCCUCCUGAGGGCCGGAUCCGUGCGGGGCCCGGCGGGGGCUGCGAGGGCAGCGGCGGGGGGAGCGGCGAGCAGACAGGUUCGGCGGGCGACCCGGUUGAUGGACCCAGCAGAAGCCAAAUGGAAGAAGGGCCAAUUAAUUAUGUCGAAGAAAGGCGGCUGAACGAGGGCGGCGGGCUCAGCCUGGCGAAUGGGGGCCGGCCAGAGGCAGGGGGCACGGUGCUGAUGGAGCCGAGCGGCUGGUCACCGGGCCAGCCGCCCGCCGCCGGCAAAGCCCACUUGGAAGACGUCAGGAACCUGGUGGCCUUUUCGGCGGUGGCCGAAGCCGUUUCCUCCUACCGGGUGCCGUUGCCGGGUUCGCCGUCGCUGCUGUAUGAGAAGUUCGACUCGGAGAUGAGCCGGGGCGGGCUGAGCACGGCGGACGGCGUGCCGCGGGGAGAGGACCUGCACGCCCUCAAGGCCGCCCUGGCUUUGGCCAAGCAUGGCGUGAAGCCCCCCAACUGCAACUGCGAUGGCCCCGAGUGCCCCGACUACCUGGAAUGGCUGGAGCAGAAGAUCAAGACAGCUCUCAGCGAAGAGCUGGCGUCACCACGGCCCCGCGUUGCCGCUGACCCCCCACCACCCCCACAGGAAGGUGCUAUCGACCCCCAGCUGGUGCCUGAGACCGUCGAACCGUGCCCGCCCGACGGUCUCCCCUUUUCCCAAAGCGCAUUGACCAUCGCCAAGGAGAAGAACAUCAGCCUGCAGACCGCCAUAGCCAUCGAAGCCCUCACGCAGCUCUCGGCCGCGCUCCCCCAGCCUGCCGGCAACGGCCACCCCCUGCCACCACCGCCCCCGCCGCCCCCCGCCACCCCAUUCGGCCCCGUCGCCCCGCCGGCGCCCGCAUGGCAGCGAGGGGACGAGCCCCGUUACCCGCCGGAGCCAGGAGCAGCGCCGGAGCCGUUUUUUGGCACAGCACCCCCCCGGGGGGGCUUUGCGGCGCCAUGGGGGCUGGAAGCCGAGGGGGCAGCGGGGGCCGGGGACCCCAUGGCAGAGCUGGAGCAGCUGCUGGGAAACGCUGACGACUACAUCAAGGCGGCUUUCAAGAGACCCGAAGCAACGGCCGGUAAAGUGAUGGUGCCUAAAACAGAGCCCCCCGAACGAGCACCCAGUAAGGAUGUGCCGAGCAGCCCCCGUUUGCCGCCGGUGCCGCCGGAGCCCGACCUGCAUAAGAAGACGCAGCUGGUCCUGCAGCAGCAUCUCCACCACAAACGCAGCCUCUUCCUCGAGCAAAGCCUGGCCGCGGUGGCGGCGGCAGCACCGGAUCGGCCGAGCGACUGGUGGGCUCCCGGUGCCCCGGCCGUGCCCCCCAAGCCCUUCGAAAAGCAGGCCAAAGAGAAGAAGAAGAAAACGCCGCCCGAAAAGCCCCCCCCAGCCAAACCGCUCCGCAAACAAGUGCAGAUCAAGAAAGCCAAGCAGAAGGACUCGCAGCCGCUCUUCCCCCCACUCUGGCAGAUCAGCCUGGAGGGGUUUCGGGCGCCCGCCGAACCCCCCGCCGAAGAGAUGCAAACUGAACCGCCCCCCGCCUGCCCCCCGCCGCCUCUUGCACUACCCCCGCCCGCCGCUUGCCCCCCGCCGCCAAACCCCCUGGAUGGCGGCCCCACAGCUCCCGACUCUCAGGAAAGGGGUGCCCCCGGGGGGGGCCCCCAAAUUCACCCAGCACUGGCAGGCUCAACCGGCUCUGAGGAAACACCGGCCGCCCCCCCGCCGGCCACCCCGACCCCCAUCGUGGUGGAUGACAAGCUGGAAGAGCUCAUCCGGCAAUUCGAAGCUGAAUUCGGGGAGAAUUUCAACCUGCAGCCCCCCGAGACGCCCGCCCCGCUCCCCGCCGGGGCUGCCGAGGUGCCGGGGGGGUCGGUGCCCGCCCCGCAAGUGCCCCCCACCGCCACUGUGCCGGCUUCCAGCAGUGCUCCCCAAGCCGGCCCUAAAAGCUUUUCGUUCUCACCGGGGAAGGGUCCAGAGCCCCCCUUCACCGCCCGGUCCCCAAAACAGAUCAAAAUCGAGUCUUCUGGUGCUAUCACUGUGGUGUCCACCACGUGCUUUUACUCUGAGGAAAGCCAAAACCCGGACGCAGAUGACGCCGACGGGACCCCCACCAAGGACGAGGUGCCGCUGACGCCCACCCUGAGCGGCUUCUUGGAAUCGCCGCUGAAAUACCUGGACACGCCGACCAAAAGCCUCCUGGACACCCCGGCCAAGCGGGCGCAAGCGGAGUUUCCCACCUGCGACUGUGUGGAGCAAAUUGUGGAGAAGGAUGAGGGGCCGUACUACACCCACCUGGGCUCAGGGCCCACCGUGGCGUCCAUCAGGGAGCUCAUGGAGGAGCGGUAUGGUGAGAAGGGCAAGGCCAUCCGCAUCGAGAAGGUCAUCUAUACCGGGAAGGAGGGGAAGAGCUCCCGGGGCUGCCCCAUCGCCAAGUGGGUGAUCCGCAGACACAACCAAGAGGAGAAGCUGCUGUGCCUGGUGCGGCACCGGGCCGGCCACCACUGCCAGAACGCCGUCAUCAUCAUCCUCAUCCUGGCCUGGGAGGGCAUCCCCCGCACGCUGGGCGACACGCUCUACCAGGAGCUCACCGACACCCUCACCAAGUACGGCAACCCCACCAGCCGCCGCUGUGGCUUGAACGACGACCGGACCUGUGCGUGCCAAGGCAAGGACCCCAACACGUGCGGUGCUUCCUUCUCCUUCGGCUGCUCAUGGAGCAUGUAUUUUAACGGCUGCAAAUACGCCCGGAGCAAAACUCCCCGCAAGUUCAGGCUGGUGGGGGACAAUCCCAAAGAGGAGGAGCUGCUCCGGAAAAGCUUUCAGGACUUGGCCACCGAGGUUGCUCCGCUUUACAAGAGGCUGGCGCCGCAAGCCUACCAAAACCAGGUUACCAACGAGGAUGUGGCCAUAGACUGCCGGCUGGGCUUGAAGGAGGGGAGGCCGUUCUCGGGAGUGACGGCGUGCAUGGACUUCUGCGCUCACGCUCACAAAGAUCAGCAUAACCUCUACAACGGCUGCACGGUGGUCUGCACGCUGACCAAGGAAGACAAUCGCGUGGUGGGGAAGAUCCCUGAAGAUGAGCAGCUGCACGUCCUCCCCCUCUACAAGAUGUCCAGCACGGACGAGUUCGGCAGCGAGGAGAACCAAAACGCCAAGGUGGGCAGCGGGGCCAUCCAGGUGCUCACGUCCUUCCCCCGCGAGGUCCGCAAGCUGCCCGAGCCCGCCAAGUCCUGCCGGCAGAGGCAGCUGGAAGCCAGGAAAGCCGCCGCGGAGAAGAAGAAGCUGCAGAAAGAGAAGCUGAUGACGCCGGAGAAGAUCAAGCAGGAAGCGCUCGAGUUCCCCACGCUCCAGCAAAACGCAGGUGUGGCGUUAAAAAGCGGGCUGCCCCCGCAGCCGCUGAAACCUUCCAUCAAGGUGGAGCCGCAGAGCCAUUACAACGCCUUCAAGUACAACGGCAACGCCGUGGUGGAGAGCUACUCGGUGCUGGGGAGCUGCCGGCCCUCCGACCCGUACAGCAUGAACAGUGUUUACUCUUACCAUUCCUACUAUGCACAGCCCAAUCUGCCUUCCGUGAACGGGUUUCACUCCAAGUUCGCGCUUCCCUCCUUCGGGUAUUACGGCUUUUCCAGCAACCACGUGUUCCCCUCGCAGUUUCUGAAUUACGGAGUGUCCGAGAGGAGCGGGAGCAGCUGGGUGAGCAACGGCUACGAGAAGAAGCCCGACGUCCCGGUUUUGCAGGAGAACCUCAACCACGCUUAUGGGAACUCCGACUUCCCCGAUCCCCUCCUGCACAGCGUCCGGAGCAAAAACCAUCACCAGCGCACCUAUGAGCGGGCCAACCGCUACGCCAGCCAGCAAAAAGCGGCGGCCGCGGCGCACAGGACUAACUCGGGCCCGGAGGAGGCGUCACCGUUUGCACAGAACUGUUUUGGCAGCCGACCCAUCAAGCAGGAGCCCCCAGACCCUCCGCCUGCCAUCGAGCCCCUUCCCGGCACGCCGGCCGUGCCCGGUGCCGGCUUAGCCCUUCCGACCGUCCCGGUGCGUGGCGCGGGGCUGGAGCAGCGCUGGAGCCCCUUCAAAGCGUCCCGGGGCGCGUCUUCUCCCGAGAGGACUAACGGGGCCGAGGGCUCAUGGAGCGCCCUGGUCCCGGGCGGGCGGGAGAAGCUGAGCGCCUUCGACGCUGCCGUGCGCUUGCCGCCACCGGAGAAGCAGUGGCCCGGCGUCCUGGCGGGAGAGCCAGCGGCACGCGGCUCGGGCUUGCUGCCGAAACCAUGGAGCCCCUGCAAGCUGGGGGAGGCGGCGCUGUCCGGCACGGCCACCUCGAGCUUACUGGGGCCGCUGGGUCUGGCUUCCACCUUGCCGGGGCUCCCGGGCUUCCCCGAGGAGCCGUGGGGCUCGGUGAAGGCGGAGGAGCGGAGGACGCCGGCACCCAGCCCAGGGCUGCCGGAGAAGCCGUGGGAGGUGGCGCUGGGGGAGAAGGGGACGGCGGGGCCCCCCCGGGACAAGCCGUGGGACCCCUUUGGCCUGGAGGAGGAUGUACCAGAGAAGCCGGUGAAGGAAGAGGAGGAGGAGGAGGACGAGGCGGAGGAGGAAGAAGAGGAGGAGUGGUCGGACAGCGAGCACAACUUCCUGGACGAGAACAUCGGCGGCGUGGCCGUGGCGCCUGCCCACGGCUCCAUCCUCAUCGAGUGCGCCCGCCGCGAGCUCCACGCCACCACCCCGCUGAAGAAACCCAACCGCUGCCACCCCACCCGCAUCUCCCUGGUCUUCUACCAACACAAGAACUUGAACCAGCCCAACCACGGCCUGGCGCUGUGGGAGGCCAAGAUGAAGCAGCUGGCGGAACGCGCCCGCGCGCGGCAGGAGGAGGCGGCGCGCCUGGGGCUGCCGCCCGACGCCAAAGCCUUCGCCAAGAAGCGCAAGUGGGGCGGCGCGUUGGCGAGCGAGGCGCCCAGCAAGGAGAGGAGGGACGCGGUCCCCACGCGGCAGGCGGUGGCCAUCCCCACCAACUCCGCCAUCACCGUGUCCUCCUACGCCUACACCAAGGUGACGGGUCCCUACAGCCGCUGGAUCUGAGACGGAGGCGACGGCCGCGGCCUCGGCUUACCUCAACCCUCGGCAGCGCCGCAGCUUGGCGUUGCUUCAUGUGGUGCUUUCCCCUCGGGUGCGGGGGAGAAGAAAAACAAAAUAUAGACAGAACCGAAGCAAAAUACAACAAAACUAAAACUAAACAACCCACAGAAAGCGAACCCGACGCGCUCGGAAACGGCGCGUGCCGGCGGAGAGCCGCGCUCGGCGGGGAGUUGGCAAACGAAGCAAAACUCGAUUUUAAAAAGAACGACGACAGAAAACUAAGAGGAACGACGCUGUUUGAUGCUUUUCGGUAAUCUCAUAUUUAUAUCUCCACGUUUUUUUAAUCGAGCCUCGCGCGCCGCGCGAACGGACGGAGGAGUUUGUAGCGUCCUUUCGCACAGGAGAGGUUUUUAAUUCCACUUAAGAAAGCCUAUUUAUUGGAUUUUAUUUUAUUUUAUUUUUUACUCCGACGACAACGACGAAGCCGAUCUUCUAAAAAGAAGCCGAUAUCUCAAAAAUCCAACCCUACAACGCAAAUAGAAAACCAACCUGAACACCAAACCAGCUUAAAGGCAAGAGGUGGGUCCCUCCAGCUGUGACGCCUGGCGGGACCGUGCGCUUUACCGUCAGCCAGACAUCCGAAGAUUUUUUCUCUCAAGGACCUAAAAAUACCUAUUUUGCAACCCGAGGAGUCUUUUCUUACAGCGCUGAGAGCGGGACGUCCCGGCUCGGCUCGGCUCCUCGUUGCCGGCGCGAUCGGCUCCGCCAGGACAGAGCGAACCGGUGUCUUUCCCAGCGCCGGAGACCUCAGGACGCAUCUGGGCCGGGCGCUGCCGCCGCCGGGGGGGCCGUGCUCGGAUUUGGGGGCUCCUUUGCCGGCGAGGAGAGCGGCAGCGGCAUCUCUAAAGGACAAAAACAGGAAGAAAAUAACAAAAGCAUACACAAAACCAGGAAAAAACCCCACACCAACCAACCCCAAACUGUGAAUAGUUGCUCUCUGUACAUCACUGUUGCUAAAGUCUGGUGCUUUCCGUCUCCGGGGGGACUUUUCUCCGUGCGAUCGGCUCUGGGAAGAGCGAAUCCCUAGACUUGGCUGGCCAAACCCCUCGCCGAUCCGCCUUCCCCGCCGGGGCUCGGUGCUUUCCCCCCCCGGUUGCCAUCCCUCCUUCCUACGGAUCGCCGUUCUUCCCGCAAACAACCACCCCCAACCCAACAACCCAACGACGAUGACAACAACCGCCUGGUGCUUUUCGAACAAUCUCAGUCGAGACUUUCCGCCCGUCCCCGAUGCCGAAGCGGCACCGGGACGGAGGGCGGGAGGGCGGCGUGGCCGAAUCCGGGUGCCGGCGUCCCCGGGGUCGUCGCUUUUGCACUUUCAGGUGCCUUUUGGAGAGCCAGCGAAGCCGGAGGCGACGCCGUCACCGCGCAGAGAUCACCGUGUGUUUACCGUCACCCUUCUUCCUUCGCGCACUGGCACGGAUCAGCAGGAUCGCGGUAAAACAAAACAACAGCCUGAACAUUUACGUGGUCUGAUUUUAAACCUGUAAAUAGGGAAAGAAUUUUUUUAAAAGCACUUUCACCUAGAUUUAAAAACGAAAGCGAAACUUAAGAAAACAACUCCCCUCUUUCCUCCUCUCUCCCCACCCCACCAACUUGAAAGCAGUAUGUUUUAAACCAGAUUAUCGGGGGAGAACUGUAAAUACUGGCAGAAUAUUUAACAUGCUUUGUCCGUCCUCCAUAAUUAAUUUUUUCUUUGUAAUCUGUAAAGUCGCGUAUAUUUGACAAGGAAACUCAACGAGCUAAUUACCGCUUUUCUUAUAACUUACCCAAUAGCAUAUCAGGAUUUUACGAGUCGAUGGCAAGGCGGAUUUUAGGGAUGCUCGCGGGCGAUGCCGUCAGAGGGCGAGGAGGGGACCCGCGCGUUCCCCGCUCGUUCCCCGCUCGGCGGGGCCGGAUUCGGGUGCCGGCCCCGCUCGGCGUGGCGGAAGGUGCCGUGCGAGCGUCGCCUGGACGCGGUUCGAAUCUCGGGGCCGAGGCGCGCGUUCGGGGACGGCGGAGGGUCCGCGUAACCUGUCUAAGUCCUGCUUCCCCGGGAGGUUUUAUUUGGGCGCAGGGAGGGGAUUCGACCCGAUGCGGCGGCGGCUCCGAUGGGUUCGAUCUGGGCGAAGCGUCGGAGCCGCCGGCGCCGCGGGUCGGGGAGCGAGAACUGCUGCGGUCUCACGUUUUUACACUACGUAACGUCUAACCUACCUCAAAUCUCAGUCGUUGAUAAUUAGCACGCUUCAGACUUCUACGAAAACUCAGAAUCUAUGCACAGCUCUUUACCCCUUGCUGCUGAGAGGCUGUUUUUUCAAGCAAAAUCUUUUUCCUUUCCCCGGCGGCCGCGCUCGUCCCUCCCGCGCCGAAACCCGGGGGAUCGCCGCGUUACCGGGGGAUGUUUUUAACCGCUUCAGGGUGAGCUGGGGACCUCGUUUGGCAGCAGGUCGUGGCCACAAUGGUGCUAGAACAACGCCCGCGGUAGAAACCUUGGGGAGAGCUCGGCGCGGGGAGCCCCGACACGCUCCCGCCACCCCGCUUUGGGUUUUUGUGACGCUUCGCCUCGGGCGGGGAACGGGGGACACGUUUCGGGGUUCCCCCGCCCCGUCUCGACGCUGUCGGGAUGAGGCACGGGAAGGAGAAGGAAACCAGGAUCCCUGAGGUGCCUCAAUUGCUUGAUUAUUUUUCUUUCCUUUUAAUACUGGAGUAUGCUUUGUGGGCUCUAUAAGGCGUAUUUUUAUUAAAUGAAAUCUUCUAAUAACAACGGUGCUAUGGUGUUUUAACAAACUGUAUCAUGCUUCUGCCUGAUUCCAUCUCGCUGAGGUGCUACUAAUGUAUAUACGAAACUAGGGAACCAAGAAAACAAAUGUAUAGAAAAAGCAAUGUCGUGGAGAAGGAAGUUGAGUUUUCCGGAGCGACAGCUCAAGGCGUGCCGGGAGCCGGGCGGGUUCAUGCAAACUGAAAUCGGCGCCGCGGUGGAGCCGUUCGAGCCGUGUGUGGGACGCGGUGCCGCAGCGCGGUGCUCGGCCACAUGUCGUGGAUCUGGUGCUCGGACGUGGUGUGUGGACGUGGUGCUCGGGGACGGUGCUCGGCCACACGUUGUGGAUCUGGUGCUUGGACGUGGUGCUCGGCCAAGGUGUGUGAACAUGGUGCUUGGACGUGGUGCUUCACGGCACAUCGUGGACGCGGUGCUCGUUGGGGUGUGUGAACAUGGUGCUCGGCCACAGUGCGUGACCACGGUGCUUGGGCAUGGUGAUCGGCCACGGUGCUUGUCAGCGCAUCACGGACACGGUGCUUGGAUACAGGACUCGGCCAAGGCGCGUGGACAUGGUGCUCGGGAACGGUGCUCAGAUGUGGUGUGCAGACGCGACGCUUGGCCAGGGUGUGUGAACAUGGUGCUCGACCGCAGCGCUUGGACGUGGUGCGUGGACGUGGUGCUCGGGCACGGUGCUCAGCCACGCACCGCGGACACGCUGCUCGGAUGUGGUGUGUGGACAAGGUGCUCGGGCACAACGCUCGUCCACCCAUCAUGGACACGGUGCUUGGGUAUGGGACUUGGCUGUGGUGUGUGGACAUGGUGUUUGGCCACACACCAUGGACGUGGUGCUCAGAUGUGGCGCGUGGACACGGUGCUUGACCAGGGUGUGUGGACACGGUGCUUGGCCACACAUCAUGGACACGGUGCUCGGACAUGAUGCUCAGCCGGGUUAUGUGAACACGAUGCUCAGCCAUGGCACUCGACCGCGGUGCUUGGCCAUGGUGUGUGGGCAUGGUGCUUGGCCACACGUCAUGGAUGUGGUGCUCAGAUGUGGUGUGUGGACACGGUGCUUGGCCAGGAUGUGUGAACAUGGUGCUUGACCGCGGUGCUUGGACACGGUGCUUGGACACGGUGCUUGGCCACGCAUCAUGGACACGGUGCUCGGACACAAUGCUCGGCCAGGUUAUGUGAACAUGGUGCUCAGCCACGGCGCUCGACCGCGGUGCUUGGCCAUGGUGCGUGGACGUGGUGCUCGGGCAUGGUGCUCAGCCACGCACCAUGGACAUGGUGCUCGGGCACGGGGCUCGGCCGUGGUGCGUGGACAUGGUGCUCGGACGUGGUGUGUGGCCACAUACCGUGGACGUGGUGCUCAAGCACAGCGCUCAACUACGGUGCUUGGAUGUGGUGCUUGUCCACAAUGCGUGAACUUGGUGCUCAGACUCGGCGUGUGGACAUGGUGCUCAGCCAGGGUGUGUGAACGUGGCGCUCGGACACGGUGCUUGGCCACGGUGCUCAGACGUGGUGCGUGGACAUGGUGCUCGGCCGCAGUGCGCGGACACGGCGCGCGAACGUGGUGCUUGCAUACAGUGUGCAGACACGGUGCUCGGACAUGGUGUGUGGACACGGUGCUCAGGCAGGGUGCUCAGCCCGGUGCAGGGGUGCGUUGUGCACGCCCGGUGCACGUGCGCGUUGCAAGGACGUGGUGUCUGUUACAGUGCUCCGGCACCGUGCAUGGCCACGGUCCUCGGACACGGUGCACGCCCAUGGCGCUCGGGGACGGUGCACGGACACGGUGCUUGAAUUGGGUGCUCGUGUACGGACAUGGUGCUCAUGCGCGGUGCUCGCCCACCACGCAGAGACACGGUGUGCGGACACGGAGCUUGUGCGCGGUGCUUGUCCGCCACACACGGAUGUGGUGCACGGACACGGUGCUCCUGCACAGACACGGUGCAUGGACACGGUGAUUGAACAGGGUGUGUGGGCACGGAGAGGGUGUUCGUGCACGGUGCUUGUCCUCUGUGCACGGACACAGUGCUCGUCCACCACACGUGGAUGUGGUGCAUGGACGUGGUGCUCGUGCACAGACAUGGUGUUUGUGCGCGGUGCUCACCCACCAUGCACACACACACGGUGCACGGGCACGGCGCUCAUCCACCACACACGGAUGCGGUGCACGGACACCGUGCUCGUGCAUGGUGCUUGUGCACAGACACGGUGCACGGACACGGUGCUCAUGCACGGUGCUCGCCCACCACGCAGAGACACGGUGCACAGACACGGUGCUUGUUCAUCCUGCUCAUCCCCCGUGCACGAACGCAGACCCCAGCACACCCAUGGCGCUCGCCCACCCUGCACCCCCGUCCUGGCGCUUUGUCCCCGCGGUGCCGGAGCACGGUGCACACACAGUGCACACGUGGCACACGCUGCGCACGUAUGGCACAUGCAUUGCAUGCACAGUGCACACACAGCACACAUGGUGCAUGAAUGGCGCACGCAUGGCGCACCUGGCACGUGUCACACGUGUCGCACGCACGGUGCACGCACGGCGCAUCUGGCGCACACGGCGCACGCACGGCGCACGCACGGCGCACGCACGGCGCACGUGUCGCACGUGUUGCACUCACGGCGCACCCGGCGCAUGUGUCACACGCACGGCGCACGCACGGCGCACGUGUCGCACGUGUUGCAUGCACGGCGCACGUGUCGCACGUGCCGCACGCACGGCGCACCCGGCGCAUGUGUCACACGCACGACGUACGCACGGCGCACCCGGCGCACGCACGACGCACGCACGACGCACGCACGGCGCACCCGGCGCACCCGGCGCACGCACGGCGCACGCGGCGCACACAGCAAACACGGUGCACACGGCAAACGGCGCACGCACGACACACGCACGGCGCACCCGGCGCAUGUGUCGCACGCACGGCGCACCCGGCGCACGCACGGCGCACGCGGCGCACACAGCAAACACGGUGCACACGGCAAACGGCGCACGCACGGCGCACACGUGUGGCACACGCACCCCUCGCCCCCCGGCGCACAGACCCCGCUCAGCACCGCGUCCCCCAUCUCCUCGCGCCCGCUCCCCAAACCCCAGCGCGUCCCCCUCAGCCGGACCUCCCCCUUCUGCCCAUUUCUUUUCUUUGCCCCCCUUUAUUUUUCCAUUUGUUGGGGUUUUAUUGGUGCUACUCUCUCCCCCCUUCGGCUUCCCGUCGGCGCCGGGGCCGCAGCUCCCCCCGCGCCCCCAAACCAGGCAAAUACCUCAACCCCCCCGAGUCCCCGCGGAGCGAAACCGGGGCGAAUCUUUCCGAAAUCAGGGAUCCUUCCGCAGCGGGGUUUCUCCCUUCACUUGUUCUCUUUUAUUUCCCCCUCCUUUCUCCCUUUCCGCCCGGGUUUCCGCCUCAUUUUCCCGCAUCCUUCAGGGAUUUACAACCCGCCGUAAUUUCAGCCUCAAGUUUUAUUCCGGGAGCAAAUUCUUGUGGUUAUUUUGGCCGGUGGUUUUAUGGCACCGCGUCCCGAAAAAAACACAACAAACCCAAAUCGAAACGAUGGCGCCGUUUCUUCUCAGAUUCGGGAAUUCGCUCGGAGGCGGGGGGGGGGGGGGGGGUGUUAUUUUUGGUGGGUUUAUGGGGUUUAUUUUGGGGAGAACGGAGGAGGGAGGCGGGACCGCGGCAGGCGGAGGGGGGGACCCCAAUUGGGGUCUCGGCGGCUCCGAAAACGUUCACACUUGAAGAUUUUCUUGGUCGGCUCGGACUGUGGUUACUUGAAAUGAAGUUUUUCUCCAGGGCGGAUCGAGGACCGGUAGAUUUUUUCCCCCAUGUCUCAAGGCAAUAGGAUUAAUGUGUAUUAAACUGUAGAUACUUCUAGGACAGUAAAUUUAUGCUGAUAAUUUUAUUUUGUAUAAUUUUCCCCUAUUUCUUUUCUUCCUCCUCUUUGUGUUUCCCCUUUAACACCCUUUUCUUUUUCCCUUUCCCCCACCCCUCAAUGUUUUGGUAAAUUUUUUGUUAGGAUGCCUAAAAAUUGUAAGUUUGGAAUCUUCCCCCUUUCCCUCCUCGGUUUUGGUUUUCGUUGUUGUUUUGGUUUUUGUUUAAUUUUAAUUGUUUGUUUUUUUUUUUUUUUUAAUUUGUAUUUUAUUCUAAGUUACGCGCGGCCGGCCGGGCCGCGAAAUGUAUUAUUCCUGAUAUCUUUAAAAUAUUGUGGGUGUUUUAAUAAAUUUUAUAUUUAUUUUUUGCACUCAA